CGGAACAACCAAAAUACAGAGACUGAAGCUUUUGGUCUAAUAAUUAAUAUGCUUCAAUUUCUUUGACUUUGUGGUGUGGCUGAAUCCCACCCCGCCAGCUUUGGCGGCUGAGCUUCAUAGAAUUGUGAUGAAGAGCACCGGACCAUUCAUUGGUUCGCUACUUAUGACCAGCGAGAAAAGGUGAAAAACUUUAACAAAAUCGAGCAUAUACAUGGAAUUUUAUCCUUGGUUGAAAAAUUUGAGUUUUAAUGGAAUAUAAGAAAGUCCAUCUUCUGCGAUAAAAGUGGUAACUUGAAUAGAUACGAUCACAAAAUAAAGUCAGCUGUUGAGCAGGGCCGAGUCGAGCACCAACACAGCUAAUACACGCGCGCCUAUGGGAAUCGUGAGCUGUAGGAAAAGUGUUGUGUUGAUGAUUUGAAGCCCACGAACAGGAUGAAACAUCCCUGUGAAAUUAGAUUUUUACAGAUAAGAUGAGUGCAAAUCAUUAGAGUCAUACAUUUUAUUGGACAACUAUAUUUACUCUUACGGAUUCUUGACGUAAUUUCAGCCUUUGCAUUCUGUACGCUGAGAUUUUACUGUAAUUUCCCCGAUUUCACUUUCGUCGACGAGAAGUUCUCGAGGAAAGUUGAGAUGAUCAGCAAUGCAGCGCAGUGACGUCAUAGGCUAUCAAUAAUGGGAUCGGUAUCGUUCUUCUGAACCGAGCUCGAUGUUGGAGCUCGGUUCAGCAGCCUUUUCAAGCUCUCAACACCAAACACCGAAUUUGAAAUCACCCACUGAAUCUUGAGAGUAAACAUUUUAUUUACGAAAAAAUUUGUAGCAGUUAGACAUUGGUUAGAUUUAAUGUCAUUUAACAAAGCCUCAUUUAACAGCCUCUUUUAUCACAGCUAUCAGUAGAUCAUGUAUUAUUUUUACAGGAGGUCAUGUAAUACAGAUUUUCAAAGAAUGCAUUAUUGAUGAAGAGUUUGUAUCACCAUAAGGAAAAGCAAAAACAUUUUGGGGGGUAUUUUAUAGUCCAUCAAAGGGAGAGUUGUUCACAUGUGACAUUACACAUCUUUGUUGCAUUGCCAGUAGGAGGAUCUCCAUAGCAUUAGUGAUUGCAAUAUUCAAAUGCUCAUAGCUUUCUCAUUAUUUGUCUGAUUUUUCUUUAACUUUCUUUGAUCUUAUUCUUUGAUUUUUCUGUUUCCACUCAAGCCCACUUGUUCCUAAGGUUUCAUUCCCCUUUAAUGAAAGCAAGGAAAACUAUUACAUGUACUUUUACUUUUUUGUUGCAGGAACUUCAUAAGAAGUACAAGGAGAAAUUAGAGGAAGUUCAGUCGAUGCAGAAAAAAUGUGCUACUUUAGUUGGCCAUCAAAAGAAGAGAUAUAAGGAGAUUGGAGAUGGAAUUAAAGAGAAAAGCCAAGGUCUAAGUGGAGAAGAGAAGGCUAAGUGUAAUGAGCUAAAGAAAUUGGUUGAAGACAGGAAAAAGAAUUGCAGUGAAGUCCUGGAUACUCUGCCAAGGUCCAACAACUUCUUCUUGAGUACCACACUUGGACCAGUCAGUGUCUCCAUCUUGAGUAAAAAAGACAGGUUUGCUUACAAGGAGGAGUAUGAACAGUUCAAGCUCUAUCUCUCUAUCAUUAUGCUUGUUGGAGCUACUAUCAACACAUUCUUUAUCAAGAACAGGAUAUGUGAUGCCUGUUAUCAUUUUCUACUUGUCUGGUACUACUGUACUUUGGUCAUUAGAGAAUCUAUCCUCAGACACAAUGGAUCUAGGAUAAAAGGUUGGUGGGUAGUGCAUCAUUACCUGACUGUUGUUUUGACAUCAAUCUUACUGAUUUGGCCAGACAGUGUGAGCUAUCGAAUGUUCAGGAAUCAAUUCAUGCUCUUCUCUCUUUAUCUUAGUGUUGUUCAAUUGAUGCAGUAUUACUACCAAAGUGGAUGUUUGUAUAGAUUAAGAGCUCUUGGGGAGAAAAGUGAUAUGUACAUCACUGUAGAGGGUUUUCAGAAUUGGAUGUGGAGAGGGUUGACAUUCCUGCUACCAUUUCUCUUUGUAGCAUAUACUUGGCAGUUUUACAAUGCAUACUCACUGUAUCAAAUCUCCAAACAUCCGGAGUGUAAUGAAUGGAUGGUACCUGUUGCAAGUUUGAUAUUCUUUUGCCUGUUCCUGGGAAACUUGAUAACCACUUCUGGUGUGAUUGUCAACAAACUCAAGGCCAAGCAGUCAACCACCUCAAGCCCCAAGAACAAAGGUUCAUGAUGCAAGUCUCAGCCAGAGGCCGUCAACUUUUUAGCUGCUUUUCAAACUAUUGCCAUCUGUUUGCAGGAAAAAGAAAAGUAUACAAAACGACCAUGCAAAUGUUUUUCUAAGGUCAUCUAUUUUUCAUUCGCUUUACUUGGCAUGCCAUCCAUUUGCAGGAAUAAAAAAAAGGAUGUAUGAGUUUAAAGUUUUGAGUGACAAAGUUUCAAUAUGUUUGAAGCUAAUGAAGUACUCUUAGCUCACUUUUGAAGCCUUUGCCAACUGGUAUUAAAUACAUGUACCUCAAAAUAUAUACAUUAAAAGAGCUCAAAAUAUGUACAUAAAAUAGCAAAAUGAAUCUGCAUUGCAAAACUAAAGUAUUUUGUACAUAUUAUGCUACAAGAGCUUAUGAUUUGAUAAGGAUUUCUAUUUCUAACACUUUGGUAUGCAGGAGAAAAAUGUGAUGAUUCAAAUGAAGCUAAGGAAUUGUAUUUUGCUAUGUUACUUGCAAAAAUUAUGUGAGAAAAGAAAACAACUUUGUUGCUUAGCUCAAUGCACUGUUUUUACACAGGGUUUAUUUACCAAGCCUUCAUAAAAUAUUAGAUGGGGACCCCUCUAUUCCUUAGCAAUCUCCGAUAUAUUUCCAGAUGCACAUAUCUUUUUGUUCAAUGUAGGACAAAAAACAAAUCAAUUUUAUGUAUUUCUUUUCUUUUGUUCAGGAAUUGUUUCUCAAAAAUCAACACAUGUGUUAUGAAUGUGUUUUAAUAAAAAGGUACCAGGGUUUGUUGUAUUAUGUUGUAUUCAGAAACUAGAGAGAUACAAAUUUCCAUAAAGUAAUUUACUUCAAAUUGAAGAACCAUCAUGAAAUUACCAAAUGAUAUGAUGUCUUCUCUGGUCUCAAUAUGCCAUGAGAUCGAAUUAAAUAAUAUGAAUCAUUCUGAUGUUUUUUUUUUGUGUGAAUAGAUCAAGAAUGAUAUAUUGUUUAUUUUUGUAUUUUCUUAGAGGGAUUCUUUGCAUGCAACCUGAAAACUUGCUUUAUGCAAUGAAGCAUGGACAAAGUAUACAAAUAUAUCAGGCUUCGAGAAAGUAUAGUGGAAAUUAUUUAUCCGAAGUUGGUCCGGCAAUUACUAUUUUUUCACGGGUUGAAGCCCCAAGGAAAAAAUAGUUAUAUAUUGCCAGUCCAACCAAGGAUUAAUAAUACCCUCUUUGCUUUUGAAGGAAUCACCCGAUAUAUUGGUUUUAUAUCCUACUUUUAAUAAAUUAGAACUAACAUCUAUGCGCUGAGCUUGCAGAGUCUGGUUAUUUGCAUUGAAUGACCUACUUUUCCCCAAGCCAUCAUGCUCAGCUGAAUGCAGAUGAGUGCCUGCGGCCCUGCGCCGACUAAUUUCCAGUUUUCUUAAAUAAUGACGUCAGAAUAUUGGUAUAGCGAUAAAUAUAUCAAGAUGUGACGUCAUGCAACAUCAUAGUUAGAAUACAUUUGGUCACAUGAUGCUAUUUUAACCAAUCACAAUACAGGAUUUAAUCUAUGUGGGAUAUAAUAAUUGAUCGUCUGUUCCCCAUUACAUAAAGAUUAUAAUGUAUUACAUUUCAAAACCAAUCCAACUUGGCAAGAUUCCAGUGUUUUAUAUAGUCAUCAACAGGUUAACGUCUGUUUUACCUGGUUUUACCAGCACUCCUGCAAAAGUAUUUCUUACAAAGCUAAAAUCUUGCUCAUGAAAACCUAUUAGAUAUACUGUAUAGAGAUUAAAUGGGAAAAGUAGAGCAUGUAUUUGAAGAUGGCUUUUUUAGCCAAAAUCCUUUUGUCAAUACAAAUUUCAAAUAUGAUAGUAUUAAAGUGAAUUUCUCAGGAUAUUUAUUAAGAAUGUUUUGAAAUAACUUCUGAUCAUGUAUUCAAUUUUGUCUAGGUCAUAGCCAGCUAAGAAGUUCAGUAGCAGUAUUCUCUGCUGCAACUCUUCUUAACUACCUUUGUAUUAAUUAUAUGACUGUAUAGGUGAU